CAGGUGCUCAGAUAAGUAGACGUUUCUUAUCAUUGCAAUAAUCAGCCGGUGCUCGUAUGCGCAAUAUUGUUAGAAAUAUUCGAAGAGUGAUUGUAUUGUGGUUGCAUAGGCGAUACAGAGAACUUCUUUUUUUGUAAGCGUAUCUAAGUGUAUGUAAUUUCUUGAACGAGAAGUUGAGUAAAAGACUAUGUGCAUUCGUUGCAAUUUAUUCAAUAGUGAAAAUUGAUUGUUCGGAUGACUUUAAUUUUAUCAAAGUUUUAAUGUUUUAUCAAUAUGAAUUUAUUGAAUAAUUUUUCGAAAGAGGAAUCCGCGAGACGAGUGCAUAAAAACGGUUGCUGUCAUUCUGCCUCACAUCAGUUUACAAACCAUAACUUGAGGCAGUUCAAAGAUGAUGCUCGUCCAUCUAGUUUUAGAAGAGUACCUCACGAAAUGGAAACCGAAAUUGAAGAGCUAUUCAAGAAAAAUAAAGACGUAUGCAUUGUAUGUGGAUAUGUGUCAGCCAACGAAUUUUUUAGUUUUCCAAGUGAUAUUGACACUCGACAGCAGUGGGCUACCUUCUGUGACUUAGCUUUUGACAUGAUAAAGCCACAUUUUCUCCUUUGUGACAGACACUUUAAAACUGACGAUUAUCGAAUCUCAAUUCAACGUAAAUUAUUGAAACCGACGAGUGUUCCUACAUUGCAACCAAAACUGAAACAUGGUUUUGAACCUUCGAUUAACAACAGUUCACAAUCUAGUGCAAAUUUCAUCAAUUUUUCCAACCCAACGUUGAAUAAAAAUGCAUCGAAAAAUGCGAUAUACAGCCCUGUCUUUCAAAGUAAUACAACCAUCGAUGCUUCAAAUAAACAAUUCCGCAGGAUUUUCGGAGAUAUCACAAAUAAAUAUGACGAUGACGUUCCUCCCAAGACAAAAAAAUUGGCGUUGAAGAGAAAACUCAAAGUUAAACAGAGUCGACAGCAAACAAAAUGUUUUCGAUCUGAAGUUUUCAGAUUAAGAACACGAUGUUCUCGUCUCGAAGAUACUGUAGCCGAAUUGAGAGAAAGAAUCGAACGACUGGACGAGAGAUACUUUGUUGUACCAGCAGAAAUUGACGGAAACAUAGCAGAAGAUACUCGCGAUCGAAGACUGGCGAUUUAUUCUUCAGAGAAAUCAGAAGACAGCUUUUGUAUUACGAAAACACUGCCUACAAAACAUCAUGAAAAAGUGGCCUUUGUAGAGACUGCCGUAAAUGUUGUUAAAGAUAAUCACCAGCUCCAAAGUUUGUCUCCCUCAUUGCUAGAAAAGUCGCAUGAUGAUCCUUGUAAUACAAAUAUACGACUAUCUGAACAGCACUCUGAACCAGUUGUAAUACCAGCAGAAAGUGACAGAAACAUAGCAGAAAAUACUCGCGACCGAAGACUGUCGAUUUACUCUUCCGAAAAACCGAAGGCCAUCUCCUGUAUUCCGGAGGCACCCCUUGUAGAGACUGCCAUAAAUGGCGUUGAAGGUACUCAACAGCACCCACGUUUAACCACCUUAUUUCCAGAAAAGUCGAACGAUGAUCCUUGUAAUAAAAAUACACGACCACCUGAGAAGCACUCUGAAAAAGUUGCGCUUGUGGAAUCUGUCGUAAAUGUUCUCAUAGAUACUCAUGACAUAAGCUCGACCCUUCAUUUACCAGGAAUGUCGAAUGACGAUCUGCAUAAUGCGGAAGAACGACUUGAACAACAUUCUAAAGAAGUUGCGCUCGAGGAAUCUGUCGAAAAGAUUACUGAAGAUGGUUACUCUACAGAUUCGAGUAUGCCUCCCCUAGAGGUAUCGAGCGAUGACGUUUUUAAACAGUUUUCGGAAGACUCAGCACAAGCUUCGCUCGUUGAAUUUAUUGAAAAGGUCACUGAAGAUUAUCGCUGUGCAGAGUCGUUUAUUCUUCUUCUAGAAAAAUCGAGGGGCAGUCUGCAUAAUUCGGAGGAACAACUUGAACAAUUUUCUGAUGAAGUUGCGCUCGUAGAAACUGCUCAAAAUAUUGCCGAAGAUACUGGUAAUAUAAAUGUUGCAUCGAUUGAAACUUCCACGAAUACUAAUUGUAUUACUGAAAAUACUUCCAAUACAAAUUUCAUCAUUCUCCUACCUUGCGCAGAAAACCCGAACAACAUCCUUCAUAAUGCAAAUGCACCACCAGUUCAAUAUUUGGAAGAUCCCGCCUCAGAAGAUUUACAGAACUGUUUCUCUGAUCUGACAAAAGCGACCAAUGAUGAGUUCUUGAACUUACUCGACGACGACGAAGUUGCCAAUGGUAUUUCUGUCAGUCCUCAAAUUAACUGUCAAUUGCGUGGGAAUGAUACCUUUGCCAAUUCAACUAAUGAACAAUUCAUUAAAGCACACGUUGGGCAAACAAUGCGGAUGGAACAAGUGCAAGUGACAGCCCAACAACCAAACUGUGAUGAUGAGUUAGAUACGUGCCAACGCAAUGGGCAGGCCUCUCCUUCAGCUGGGUGUUCAAAACGUCGAAAAAAUGGUGAUGAGGGCCGGAUUACUCGCUCUGCCAAAAAGAAAAAAGACCUUCCUAGCGUAGAUACCUCGAUACAAACUUCGAACAGUGCUCCAAAAAAAGCACGGGGAGUAUUGAUGCGAGAUUCGCCUCCGUACUGUUGCAAUAUCUGUGAUGAAACGUUUCCGGAUAAAUCUGUUUUGAGACUACACAAGCGAGAACAUAAGAAACCAUUCGUGUGUCCAAAGUGUAAGAAACAAUUUGCUACAAAACAAGGCCUCUUCAGACAUCAAGCAAGUCAUAGUGAAAAGAGACCAUACAAAUGCGGAAUGUGUGACACACGAUUCAAGCACAAUCGCCAUAAAUUAGAGCACGAACGAUAUAUGCAUACGGAAGUCGCUUGUUUUGAGUGUGCUGUUUGUGGGAAAAUGUUUAACCAUAAAUCUUCUAUCAUUCAGCACUUGCCAGUACAUUCUGGUCAAAAACCAUUUCGUUGCCGAACCUGUGGCACAAGAUUUUCUCGUAAGGACUGCCUUGUUCGUCAUAAAAGUACGCAUAGUAAAGAAAAAAUAUUCAAAUGCCGCAUAUGCGACAAGCUAUUCAAACACCAAUCGGAUAAGACAAGGCAUGAACGUUUACAUGAGGAGGGCCCUCGUUUUGAAUGUGCCCUAUGCGGCAAGAAAUAUCUCCACAAACAUAAUUUAGCCGAUCACAUAUCAUAUAAUUGCAGUUAGAUUUCAAUAAUUAGUAUCUAAAUGUGUGCAGAUUCAAAUUCGGGUUUUCUUUGUUUUUUGUGUUUUUGAGUUCUUCUUACCUACCCGAUGAAAGAGUCGGAAAAUUGUUUCCAAGUUUUUCUAUUGCAAUGGUACAUUAGAUAGACGUACCUAUGUGUUGUUAUUUUAGUAAAACUUAUUUUUAUUCAUUUUUACCUAAUAUCGAAUGUAUAAUUAUAUUAACAUUCUGGCAAAAUAAUUUACAAGUUAGUAAAUAUAGCGUUGAUCAUUGCAUUCUAUA